AUGUUUACCAUCCGAUCAACACCAUCAACUAGGUUUAUAAGAAUACCUAAAUUCCAAACCAUCCAUCACCCAUCAACUUACCAACAACAGAAACGAACCAUCAAACUUUUCACCUACGCCUCCACACCCAGCAAAGUCGGCCUUCAAAAACUAGCCGAAUAUAAAAACUUCCCCCUCACUGACCCCGAAUCAUGCCCCGUCCAACUAAUCGACCCCUCCUCCAUAGAAUACCAACCCCUACCCACCCCUAACACUAAAAAACCCACCAUCGCAACCAUAAAACCCCAUCCCAUCAUCCACGACACCACUUUAAAAAAUAUACUAGAAAACCACCUGAAAGAUGGAACAUUUCUCGCACCACGCGAAGACAUCCCCGGUUCAAAUCAAUACUAUUUACAAAAAAUCCCCAAGGAAGAAAUCACCCAUCCGAUCCGCACAGCCUCUAUAUCACGGGGCUUAAAAUCCGCCCCGGGAGGCGACGCCUCCGCGCGACGAGUAAAAUUAUUUCCGUUCCACGCUACGCAUGAUUGGUAUCAUGUGCAGAAACAGUUACGGAUAGCAAGGGCAUGGAUACAGAGUAGUAAGAAAGCGGUAGUGGAAAUCCACGUGUGUAUUGAUCGGAAGAAAAAUGCAGUGAAGGAUGAAGAAGCGAUAGCGGAGAUUCCGCGGAAAUGUUUGUAUUUUCGUCCGGAUGUUAUUGUGGGGGCGAUGCCGAGGGGGACGAGGAUUAUGAUUGCGGCGCAGACGGAUGGGGGGGAGUUUUGUUGGGUUAUGGGGAGGCAUGAGGGGGAUUGUAGGGGGUUGGGGGCGAGGUUAGAGAAGAAGAGGGAGUGGGAGGUUAGGAAGAAGAGGUUGUUGUUGGAAGAGGAAGGUGGAGGCUAG